UGCAAAAACUGUUUUGCUGGUAACUUUUGGCUGUUAACGCUAUUAAAUGCUAACACCGCCUGCCACAUCGGCUCAGGGGCGGCCUGCGGCGGGGCUUAUCGAGGCCUGCUCACCGCUCACUCCCGUCGCCUCCGUGAUCCGCAUCUAGUCCCCGCCCACGCGGCGGACGCCGUGGCCGGUUACGAGUCAAUAUCAGCUCGGCGGCGUUUCCUCCGGCAGACAGCGAGGAGCAGCUGGAAAGGUCUCCUGAAAGGACCCAGUGGUUGCAGUGACAUGGGCAGCCAACGUUCCUUCACACCCUGCAGAGCUAACACCAGAGUCCCGCCUCAAGAGCCGAGCAGAAAAUGACUCAGCGGAAUGGAAUCAGGGGCUCGAGUGAUCCCAGUCUCCACUCGGAGACCUCCAAGGCCUUCGACCUGGCCAACGGUUUGGACCAGGAUGAGGGGCAGGAAGCGGCUACUGACUGUGAGCGAGGGCGGGGGAGUGAAAGCGGAGACCCCGUCGCUAUAACGGGAGGAGCUGUCACCGCUCCGGAUGGCGGCUGGGGCUGGGCAGUGCUGGUUGCAACCAUCCUGGUCCUGGCUAUGACCCUGGGCUUCCCCUCCUGCGUGGGGAUCUUCUACACAGACCUGCAGAACGAGUUCCACGCCUCCAACAGCGAAACGUCCUGGGUGCCGUCCAUCAUGACGUCGGCGCUUCACGCAGGAGGUCCGUUCUGCAGCGUGCUGGUGGGGAAGCUCGGCUGCAGGGCCACCGUCAUGCUGGGCGGGGUGCUGAGUGGGCUCGGAAUGGCCGCCAGCUCGUUUACCAACUCCAUCGCCGAGCUUUACGUCACCGCUGGAGUAAUUACAGGACUCGGCUUCUGCUUCAGUUUCCAGCCGGCUGUCACCAUCCUGGGCCACUACUUUGUGCGUCGGCGUGCGUUUGCCAACGCCAUGUCCUCCACGGGAACGGCCCUGGGACUCUGCACUCUGCCUUUCCUGGGAAACUACCUCCACUCAGAGUUCGGCUGGAGGGGAAGCUUUCUCAUCCUGGGGGCCGUCCUGCUGAACUGCUGCGCGUGCGGCGCUGUGAUGCGGCCCCUGCAGCCCAAAAAGCAUCGCGGCCAGCCGCUGAUGGACCGCACACCUCCUCCGUCAGAAAAGCAGACGAAGCGGGAAUCGAGGCUCAGGACCGCCUGGAGGUUUUUGGUGGCCUCCGUCAAAGAACACAUGGCCUUCGAUCAGUUCCUCCACAACCGGCAUUACCGUGUGUUUGCCAUAGGCAUCACCUUAAUGAUGCUGGGCUUCGUGGUGCCGCUGGUGUAUCUGGUUCCGUACGCCACGGCCCACGGCAUGGAGCCGAGCCGGGCCGCGCUGCUGCUCUCCAUCCUGGGUAUCGUUAACAUUGUGGUGCGGCCGCCGUUCGCCAUCAUGUUCAACAUGCCCUGGUUCAAAGGGCGCCAUGUUUAUGUGUUUGCCUCCGCCUUGCUCUUCAACGGGCUCAGUGACUGCAUCUGCUGCAUCGGGGCCGGCUUCCCCGUGCUGGUGGCGUACGUGGUCACGUACGGACUUUCGAUGAGCGUGGUCGGGUCGCUGAUGUUCACCGUCCUGAUGGAUAUAGUGGAGAUGAGGCGCUUUCCGUCGGCGCUGGGGCUGCUCGCCGUCAUGGAGAGCGUCACGCUGCUUAUUGGACCUCCGCUGGCAGGGAUCCUGGUGGACCGCACGCAACAAUAUUUCUACGUCUUUAUCGCUUGCAGUGCCGUUGUUGCCUCCUCCGGUCUCUUCCUGAUGCUGUCUUUCCUCUGGCUGGACAAAAAGGACAGGAAGGCGUCGCAGCAGGGUCGGCUCUCUGCUCAGCCCGAAGCGGAGAAACCUGCGGCCGACGCCUCUCCUGUCUGCGAGUACAGUGACCAGCCCUAGCAGGGAGACGGGGCCUCAGCCUGGGGACGGGGCCUCAGCCUGGGGACGGAGCCUCAGCCUGGGGAGGGAGUCUCAGCCUGGGGA